UCUUGUCCAGGGAAGAUGCUUGUUGUUCCAAGAGUAGCUGUUGCGCAAUAGAGACUGUAUUUAACGAUUGACCGAAAAAUAAGCGGGGGGAAGUUAACCAAGCGGUGAAAGAACAUACAGAAGACACAAUGUCGAAUUUUGCACGCUCUCGGGGGAACACACGGAAGUCUCCAGAUGAGAGAUCAUCAGAUUGGGAAGUGGGAGAGAGCAACUUCGGCGCGUCCAACAACCACCGAUCAACUAUGGAGGCACCAGCAAUUCAUCUUCAGCCUUACUUACUUCAGCCCCGCAUUAUGUCGGGGCGCAUGUCGCUGUACAGCAGCAGGGUGCGACCUGUCCUCACUCACGCCUCUCUCCAAACACGAGUGUAUAACUUUUUGGAAAGGCCAUCCGGCUGGAAGUGCUUCGUUUAUCACUUCACCGUGUUCCUUCUAAUUAUUGCUUGCCUGAUUCUCAGCAUUCUGUCAACCAUUCCCAAGUCACACGACUCUGUUUUCCCCGCUCUCUUUUGGGUGGAGAUUUUUGUUGUGGUUUUCCUAGGGUUGGAAUAUAUUGUCCGGCUUUGGUCAGCAGGUUGUCGCAGUAUAUAUGUUGGCUUCUGUGGACGACUACGAUUCGCAAGGAAGCCAAUAAUCAUCAUAGAUCUGAUUGUUGUCGUUUCCUCAAUAUUCGUGCUAGCAGUUGGUUCCAAUGGGCAGGCGUUUGCAACCUCCGCGAUGAGGGGGAUCCGUUUCCUGCAAAUACUGCGUAUGCUGCACGUAGACCGCCAGGGAGGUACAUGGCGUAUCCUGGGGUCUGUUGUCUAUGCCCAUCACCAGGAGCUGAUCACAGCACUCUACAUUGGCUUUCUGUGCCUGAUCUUCGCCUCGUACUUUGUCUACCUGGCAGAAAAAGAAGCUAACGCGUUUGAUACAUACGCUGAUGCUCUGUGGUGGGGAGUGGUAACAGUGACGACCGUUGGCUAUGGAGACCUCGUUCCUCAGACGUGGAUUGGGAAGAUGAUUGCAUCGUGUUUCUCGGUCUUUGCCAUAUCCUUAUUUGCACUUCCUGCAGGAAUUUUAGGCUCAGGCUUUGCGCUGGAGGUGCAGCAGAAGCAAAGACGGAAACAUUUCAACAGACAAAUCCCCGCUGCUGCUAGUGUGAUCCAGGCAUCAUGGAGAUGUUUUGCAUUGGAAAAUUCAGAUUCAGCCACAUAUAAGAUGUUUUUCAGAAAGAGAUCACAAACCCUCAACUCACUGUCGACCACAACGCCUACGAAACUGGAGAAGAAAGACGCUUCCCCAAAUUUUCUCACAGUUCCGAGCAGUCAGAAGAACAACGUUUUGAGCUCUGAUGUAUGCAAAACAGUGGACACAGAGACAAAUCUUGGCUUUUUGGAUGUUGAUCCAUCCACUGGCCUCAAGACAAAAUACAGUUCAGCAGACAACCUGGAUCAGGAGCUGGAGCGAGACUGUGCACUGACUGCGGCUACCUCCAUAUCUCAACUAACCAAGUCCCAUAGACAAGCUAUCCGUGUGAUCCAGAAAAUGCGCUAUUUUGUGGCGAAGAGCAAGUUCCAGCAAGCUCGUAAACCAUAUGAAGUUCGAGAUGUGAUUGAGCAAUACACCCAUGGUCAUCUCAAUCUAAUGGUGCGGAUCAAGGAAAUACAGAGAAGACUGGACCAGUCUUUAGGGAAGACAACUUCUUUCCAGACUGGAGCAGAUCGAACCAAAGAGAAGGGAAACAACUCCAUUGGAGCCCGACUCAGCAGGAUGGAGGACAAGAUCACACACAUGGAUCAAAUGCUGAACCACAUUGCAAACUCUCUCAAUAUUCUGCCGGAACGGAGAGAUGUCAAUGGGGGCGAGCGGGAGGGUGGACAACAGUCUGGCCCCAGCAGCAAUAUCAACCCUAGCCACGAUGGUCUGCCAAGCUAUGAGCACCUGUCAUCAAAAUUGCAAGACAGCGACUGAUCUAUCGAUCUAUGUUCUGUAAAUCAUAUAUCAAAUAUUACCUCAUAUUCAGAACCACAGAUCUAUGUUUUGUAACUCAUGGGUCAAAUAUUACUUUGGCUUUUGCUGUGUACGCAUACUACCGUAUUUUCCGGACAAUAAGGCGCAGUUUUUUUUUUUUCCCCAUAGUUUGGCCGGGGGUACGACUUAUACUCAGGAGCGACUUAUGUGUGAAAUUAUCAACACAUUACAUCAUUUCACAUGUUACUUUCACACUAAACCGCAAGUGGACGCUCGAGGCCUGUGGUAUAAUUGGAACUGCAACUGACGAUGAGUCUAAAGUAAGCCACAACCCUUGUCACAAGCUAAACUAAAUGACUCCAAAAGUAUGAUUUUAAUUUAGUGUUUUCCAUGAAUACUAACAUAAUUGCACAAGGGUUUUCAAAGGUUUUCUAAUUAUCCAUUAGCCUUCUAACACAAUUAGGAAAUACAAUGGAACAUUAGAAAACUGGAGGGAUGGUUGCUAGAAAUGGGCCUUUAUACACCCAUGUAGAUAUCGCAUUAAAAAACAGACAUUUGUCGCUAGAAUAAUCAUUUACCACAUUAACAAUAUGUAUUCCUAAUUAUUUAUCAGAAAUUAUUGUAUUGUAUUAUUGUAUUGUAUUCCUAAUUGGUUUAAUGUUAUCUGCAUUGAUGAGGACAUUUCUAAAUGACCCCAAACUUUUGAAUGGUAGUGUAAGUAAUGAUUAGGUGUUUUUAUUAAGCCACAUGAGAGGAGAAAGACAAAAGAUUAAAAACUCCACUCAGUAUGAUACACUACAAUAUUUAAGCAUAUUGAAUAUUCUUCAACUACAAACUGCUUUCCCUAAUAAACUUGGCAUAUAUUCUGAGAGAUGCUGUUACCUAUCUUAAAAGCUAGUUAAAACAAUGUGGAAAAUAACCAGGUAUUUUAACAUCAUGAAAGCAUCACCUAGGAAUCCCUCGAUACUAAGCAAACAUGCGUUCUCUAUAUGUAAGCAUCAUUGGCACGACAUCAGAGCAAUGUGAUUUAGCACUUGCUGGAACAGAAGAGCACCUUGAGCUUCAGGCACUAACAUAACAUUGUCACACCAUUACCUUUCUGUCCACCUUGGCUUUGAGCUUUUCACAGAAAAAAAAAACAGUAUUUCUGCUCAGAUAAGCUUUGGGACUGUGUAAAAUCAAAUCUGCUCCAAACGCACAUUCUUUUUCCUUUGAAGGAGCUCAAGCCAUUGGGGUACCAUUAGGUGCAGUAAAAAGAAAAAUAAGUUGUAACAGCUUGAGUGUGAAUUGUCAGCAUUAUUAUCUUACUGACAAUGACAAGAAUGUCUGAUCAGAAAUGGUGAUAGUGCAGCUUUUGUAUUUAUCUGAUUCAUAGGGUUGAAUGUCCCUGCGUGUUUACAAUGCAGUACAUCUUUAUUCACAUAGAAUUUCCACUCUGGCAUUUUGUUCAGGCACUACAAGACAUUGUAGAUUUGUUCCUAGACUCCAAGAUAUUAAAUACAAACUUGCUUUAUGGUA